UUUAGCUGCGGCCUGGCACCAAAGGGGCGGCCCUGGCGGAAAGCAGACCCAGAGGCCCCGGUGAUUAUGGACCCGGCCGAGGCGGUGCUGCAGGAGAAAGCACUUAAGUUUAUGUGCUCUAUGCCCAGGUCUCUGUGGCUGGGCUGCUCCAGCCUGGCGGACAGCAUGCCUUCGCUGCGAUGCCUGUAUAACCCAGGGACUGGCGCACUCACAGCUUUCCAGACUUACAACAGCUGUGCCAGACUCUGCUUAAACCAAGAAACAGUAUGUCUAGCAAGCACUGCUAUGAAGACUGAAAAUUGUGUAACCAAAACAAAACUUGCUAAUGGCACUUCCAGUAUGAUUGUGCCCAAGCAACGGAAACUCUCAGCAAGCUAUGAGAAGGAAAAGGAACUGUGUGUCAAAUAUUUUGAGCAGUGGUCAGAGUCCGAUCAAGUGGAAUUUGUGGAACAUCUUAUAUCCCAAAUGUGUCAUUACCAACAUGGACACAUAAACUCGUAUCUUAAACCUAUGUUGCAGAGGGAUUUCAUAACUGCUCUGCCAGCUCGGGGUUUGGAUCAUAUUGCUGAGAACAUUCUGUCAUACCUGGAUGCCAAAUCACUAUGUGCUGCUGAACUUGUGUGCAAGGAAUGGUACCGAGUGACAUCUGAUGGCAUGUUAUGGAAGAAGCUCAUUGAGAGAAUGGUCAGGACAGAUUCUCUGUGGAGAGGCCUGGCAGAACGAAGAGGGUGGGGACAGUAUCUAUUCAAAAACAAACCUCCUGAUGGGAAUGCACCACCCAACUCUUUUUAUAGAGCACUUUAUCCUAAAAUUAUACAAGACAUUGAGACAAUAGAAUCUAACUGGAGAUGUGGAAGACAUAGUUUACAGAGAAUCCACUGCCGAAGUGAAACAAGCAAAGGAGUUUACUGUUUACAAUAUGAUGAUCAGAAAAUAGUAAGCGGCCUUCGAGACAACACAAUCAAGAUCUGGGAUAAAAGCACAUUGGAAUGCAAGCGAAUUCUCACAGGUCACACAGGUUCUGUCCUGUGUCUCCAGUAUGACGAGAGGGUGAUCAUAACUGGAUCAUCGGAUUCCACAGUCAGAGUGUGGGAUGUAAAUACAGGUGAAAUGCUAAACACGUUGAUUCACCAUUGUGAAGCAGUUCUGCACUUGCGUUUCAAUAAUGGCAUGAUGGUGACCUGCUCCAAAGAUCGUUCCAUUGCUGUGUGGGAUAUGGCCUCCCCAACUGACAUUACCCUCCGGAGGGUGCUGGUUGGACACCGAGCUGCUGUCAAUGUUGUAGACUUUGAUGACAAGUACAUCGUUUCUGCAUCCGGGGAUAGAACUAUAAAGGUAUGGAACACAAGUACUUGUGAAUUUGUAAGGACCUUAAAUGGACACAAACGAGGCAUUGCCUGUUUGCAGUACAGAGACAGGCUAGUAGUGAGUGGCUCAUCUGACAACACUAUCAGAUUAUGGGACAUAGAAUGUGGUGCAUGUUUACGAGUGUUAGAAGGACAUGAGGAGUUGGUGCGUUGUAUUCGAUUUGAUAACAAGAGGAUAGUCAGUGGAGCCUAUGAUGGAAAAAUUAAAGUAUGGGAUCUUGUGGCUGCUUUGGACCCCCGUGCUCCUGCAGGGACUCUCUGUUUACGGACCCUUGUGGAGCAUUCUGGAAGAGUAUUCCGACUUCAGUUUGAUGAAUUCCAGAUUGUCAGUAGUUCUCAUGAUGACACAAUCCUCAUCUGGGACUUCCUAAAUGAUCCAGCUGCCCAAGCUGAACCCCCCCGCUCCCCUUCUCGAACAUACACCUACAUCUCCAGAUAAAUAACCAUACACUGACCUCGUGCUUGCCCAGGACUCAUUAAAGUUGCGGUAUUUAACGUGUCUGCCAGUACCAGGAUGAGCAACAACAGUAACAGUCAGACUACUACCUGAUUUCCCCAGACUAGCCAAGGAGCAGGGCUUUGAGACUCCCACUGGGACACAGUUGGUCUGCAGUCGACCAGGACAGUCUGUUCACACAGCUGACUGCUGCAGUGCUGCUAUCAGAAGAUGUGUUCUAUCUUCCGUGAAUGAUUGGAACUUUUAAGCCUCCCCUCCUCUUUCCUUCCCUCCUCCUUUCCCCUCUGCACCUAUUUUUUCCCCAUUUGAUUCCAGACAAAGAUGACUUAUAAAUAUAUUUAGUAUUUUGCCAGAAUCUCUCUUUCUGUGCCAUUAAACAGAAGAUCUAGUUUCCCUGUAUAGCCUACUGGCAGAGACCCACUUCUAGGAGAUGGGGAUGCAGCUUCAAGUCAGACAGUGCCCAGUGUCCCCUGUUAACUGUAAGGAUGCCCAGCACCUGGCCAGAGCAACCAGCCCCACUCUGCUUAGGAGGAGACAGAGCCCUCCCAUAUAGCCUCCAGGGCAAGAAAAAGAGAAUAAGAAUGCGCACUGGACUAUCUAGGCCUCCCACCUCCUCUUUCCUCCCACCCCCUUCCUCCCUUUACCCUGUUUCUCUGCUCUGCCUAAGAAGAAAGUAUAUGAAGAGAGUGUCCUCAGUUAGCAUGAGUCAGAUCAGCUAGAAAAUGCAACACUUGGAAGAGUUAAAUGCUGUUCAGCCAAAAUUUCAAACCCAGGCUUUUGCUGCAAGUGACCCUGUGGCAACAAUGGAUUCUUGGGACAUGAUGCUCUCAUCAUAUUUGCAACUCUUCUCUCUUCUACUUCUUCCCCCCACCCAUGGGGGUGACAGAAAUUUCCUGGGCUCCUUCAAUGGCUGCAUCUUUUCUGGACUCAGCAGUCACCUCGAUUCCAUGUAGAGUGUGGAAAGGAGUUGCUGAUUGCAUUUCCUCUCAUUUACAAUUAGGUGUGUAAUUAAAAGCAUCGUACUUUAUCUUAAAUCACUGGUAAGGCUCAGCCUACAGAAAGGUUUGAAAUGGCCAGAGCCAAUUGCUCAGUACAUUCUGCAUCAUGGUUCAUAUCUCUGAUUUCUUCAUCAGGGCC